AUGGCAGAAGAAGAAGAAGAAGAGUUUAAUCAUGAUUUCUGGGUUGAAGCUACUACACAAGCAAGUGUUCUUGAAGAUAUUUACAGAUUGAGUGAAGAAUAUAAGAAGAGUGAUGAGUUUUUAGUUCAACUUCCAAAUAUUGAAGAAGAUGAGUGCCAUCCUGAUGAGGAUAUCAAUAAUGUUGAGAAUGGGUAUUUAUUUGACAAGGGAAGUGACAGUGAGAGUGAAGGUGAAGGUGAAGGUGAUUCUGAUAGUGUUGAUGGGGAUCCAGACUUUGGUGAAGUUGAGGUGGAAAAUGACAAAGAAGAAGACCAUUAUGGGGACUUACUGGAUUCUGAGUCUGAAAAGGAACAAGAAGGUGAAGAUGAUGAUGUUGGGGUGGAGAAGGCUUCAGUUGAGUGCAGUGGUGUUACACAUGACAAUUCAGAGUUUGAGAAGGAAUAUGCAGAUCACCUUAAGGAAGAAGAUAAUCAGGAUAUGUUCCCAGCUGAAGAUGAAGAGUCAUUGGAUCCAAAUGACCUCAUAGUUGGAAGUAAGUUUAUGAGUAAAGAUUUCUUUUAUGCACAUGUGAAUAACUAUUGUAUCAUGAAAAAACAUCAGACUUAUGCUACUAAGAGUUCCACAACCAAGCUGAGGCUCAAGUGCAUUCAUUGGAGUACUCAAGAAUGUCCAAUGUACAUUUAUGGCAUGGUCAAGAAAGGUGAAGGUAAGACUUUUACACUUAGAGGCUUUACCGUCACUCACACCUGCAAUGGUGACAAAGAUGACUUGAACAAGCUUGCAACACCAAAGUAUGUAGCUGACUGGUACUAUGAGAAGAUGAAGACUGAGCUUGGAAUUAAUGAACCAGUACCAUGUCCAGAUGACUUAGCAACACAGUUCAAUAAAGCCAGAAAAAUGAAUAUAAGGUAUCAUACUGCAUGGAGAGCCAGGGUGAAGGUGUUGGAGAAACUACAUGGAAGUUAUGAGAAGAGAUACUCACUGGUGCCUGCAUUCUGUGAAAUGGUCAAGAUGACAAAUCCAGGCAGUAUAGCAGGACUGGAUGCUCAAAAUGGAUUAUUUCAAUUAGGUAUAACGGUAUGCAGGAAUGAGACAAUAGAGAAUUGGAAGAUAUUUUUGGAGGAUUUGAAGAAGCUGCUGGGUGAUGAUCAUGAGUUUACCUUCAUCUCUGACAAGCAGAAGGGGAUUUUAGAAGCUGUUGAUUAUCACUUUUCCUUGUUUGAGCACAGACAAUGUGUCAGGCACUUGAUGGCCAACUUUAAGAAGUACUACAAGGGGUACAGUAUUCAGACUCAUCUUUGGAAUGUUUCCAAGUGUUAUAACAUCAAACACUUCAAUCAACAUAUGGAUGCUAUGGCAGCUGAGAGUAUAGAGGCUGCAAGAUUUCUCAUGGAUGAAAGGCCUGAAACCUGGUCUAGGGCUCAUUUUCCAACUACUAGCAAAUGUGAGCACAUCAAAAACAACUUCUCAGAAUCCUUCAACAAUAUGGCAAAGAAGAUUAGAGACAAGCCAAUCUGCAAGCUAGGUUUGAUGUAUGGACAACUGGUGAUGGGACUUCUCAACAAGAGGAGGAAUGAAGAUGCAAAAUGGAAGGAUGGUGACCUUGUUCCAAAGGAAGUGCAGCUGAUUACCAAGAUGUGUGACUUGACCACAAAUUUUCAACUACAGAGUGCUGUUAGGGGGAAAGUAUAUGAGGUUACAAGUUAUCAUGGAGCCAUCUUUGUUGUGGAUUUUCCAAAGAGGAAUUAUAGCUGUUUGCAAUGGCAAUUGAGGGGUUUUUCCUGCCAGCAUGUUGUCUGUGCUCUAAAGCCAUUGAGACCUGUUUGGGUUGAGUAUUGUGACAAGUAUUAUUGGGUUGACAGCUACAAGAGAACAUAUGCUCCAGAGUUCAACCCAUUGUUGGGCCCAAAAGACUAUGAAAAGGUACCAAAGGAUAGAACCUGUGUUGAUGGUGAUACUUUCAUAGCUUAUGAAUCUGGUCCAUCAAAGAGGAACAAGAAAGCUGCAAAAGUUGUUCAUGGUUCAUCUGCAGGUCAAAGUACCAGUGUAAGGGGUGCAACUAAGACCAAAUCCAAUAGCCAGAGCUGUGUUGGUGAAUCAUCUAAGCAAGCUGUUGCAAGAUCUGAAAAAGGUGUUAAGGGAAAGACAAAAGAAAAAGUUGGAACUUCUCAAGCCUCAUGUAUGAAUCAGAACUUCAAGAAUGUUAGUACAGUUAGCAACAAUGUCAACUUCACAUUGUCAGAUCCAAAGAUCAAGAAGAAAAAAAAGAAGUAUAUGAAGAUCUGA